AGUAGGUGGCGGUAGAUUGCAAACCGCCAUAAAAACCUGAGGAGAAGAAGAAGAAGAAGAAGAAGAAGUAUGGCUAUGCCACGCCCCCACGGUGGAGGAAAAUAAUCUGGUGUGCUUCACGGAGUCGGCAUUUGAAGUCUGUGUAUUAUCAAGAUUAUAAAAAGGCCAGGAAGUUGUUGUGUGGUGGGCUGUACAAAUAACAAAGCCGAGAACCCCGAUUUUAAGUUGUAUGUUCUCCCGUGCAAAAAACAUCCAAUAAAGAGGAAUAAGUGGAUUCAGGCCAUUAGACGUCAGGAGAAAGGAGGAAAACAGAUGCUGAAUCACGGUACGUCUGUAUGUGUAGCAGCAAGUUAGCCAUUUUAUCACUGUUUCUCUGCUCCCACAAUGAAGCCGCCCUCCCGGAAGCGAAAUGUGCCUCUGCGCUUUGUGUCCAGGGAGCCUGAGCUGAUCCGGCGUGCCCAAGGGCACUCAGGCUGGUUUGGCUGGAAGCGGAAGGAACGGCAGAUCCUCUUGGUUGAGCUAAAAAGGCAGAACAGCAAUGCGGAGCUGGACCUGGUGGCGCUUCAAGCUAAACUUCCCAAGAAAUCGAUACAGCAGAUUGAGAGUUUUGUGCAGUUCUUGAAGACCGCUGUGGGAAAGAGAGUGGCCAGGCUGGUGAACAGACAGAGGCGGGAAGUGCAGAGUGGCAAAGUGCCCAUUGAAAUGUGGACUGAAAUGGCACAGAAAAUGGCCGGGUCACAGGAGAGUGCCAUUUCAUCUGCUUUCUCACAGAUGCUUGUGAUUGCUGCCACUGAGCCAUGUAGCCUCCUGAACUCUGACCCACCACGCCCUGUAAGCACUCCCCAGCGACUCCCACCCAACCUCCGGACAGUUCCAUUAAGACCCAUGGCCAGACCACCAGUAAAGACAGCCUCAACAUGCAUCCCUCCGAGGGGACACGCAUCUACCCAGCUCUCAUCUGGUCAGACGCCAGAAAGUCCAAACGUCAGAUGUCAGGAGGGCUCGCUUCCAUCCUCCCAGGCAGGAGCCAGUCCCAGUGUUGUUAGUUUACCCUGCAACUCGCAGUCCUCCUUUCAAAACUUGGCUUCUGCCACCCUCCACCAAAGCCCGAAAGUCAAAGGAGGGUCCACUUCCAACAAUUCACCCAGUCCCGCAUCACCUCGUCCUGCUCAUGUUCCAGCCAGCCUUAGUCAAUCAAGCAGUAAGCAGGGUGCGACGACCCCAAAAUCCAGCCAGCCGGCUGAACAGUCAGCGAGCCCAAACACAAGGACUACCACCCAGGUACAGGAACAUUCUUUCUCCACCCCUAGCAAGGGUCCGACAUCUAAUGGGCAGAUCAACCAAAAAACUUUGAAUCACAAGGAUUUUGCUGUGGAUUUUGAGAAUAUCUAUCGCUUUUUGGCCUCUGUGAACAAGCAAGGCAACCUGAUCCCCCUCUCUCCUAUGGAGAGUGCUGUGGUCCUGGACCUGCUGUUGUCUCUUCCAGAGCAGAUCCCCUUGCUUGACUGUGUGGAACUGCAACACCACCUCCGUCAGGUAUACGAGCACCUCACUGAUCCUGUGCUGGAGCCCCCACUUCCAAUAAGCACUGGACAAGAGGCCCAGUCCCAUCUUGCUCAGGCGGGUGCCAACCCACCCGGGUCUUCCUUACAAAGGGAGAUUUCCACCAUUCAGGAAGGAGGACAGCUUGACCAGUCAGUGUCCAUCACGGCCAGCAUCCACACAGGUAGCACAGCCUCAGAUGCCGUGAUUGAAAGCGGUGUAUUGUGCUCCAGUCAAAUGAAAGGCACUGGUGCCUUGCCCCAGACGCUUGCCAGUCAGGAAGGAAAUGGCAGAGGACAAGGGGAUAAAGAAACACCAGAUGGUAAAAAUGACGACAAAGUGGAAUACACCAGUCAGAGUGAGGCUUCUACAAUUCCAUCAGUAUCUAGCAGCAAACCAAAAGCUGGAUUCCAGCCUGUGAUCUUGGCCAACAGUGGCAUGCAAGACCCCACAGUACAGAGAGCAGGCGUUCAAGCAGUAGGAUCUCUACUGCCACUUCAAACUGCACAACAGAGCACAAGCAAAUCACAUUGUAAAAAUAUACCUACUCUUUCCCAGAAUAUUGAACAGGAGAAAUCAAUUUUUGAAAAAGCAGGCCAGUGCCCAUUAAAUCCAUUUGUUAUCCCAAUGAAACUACUGGCGCAAUCCCAAACUCCAUUCUCUGAAGGGUGAUUUCAUUCUUGUGUUCUCAAAUAGCUGAUUUCUGAUGUAUCGAUUGAGCCUUCAGUUGUAGCAAGCCUCCGUUUUUUAAAAAGAAAUGGCAAAAAAUAAAUUUCUUUUAACUAUAAAUAAAGAUUUUUAUUUUAAGAAUCUGCCACGUUACAAGUUGAAUAAAUAUGAACAAAGUUAUUUUGUUUACUUGAUUGUUUAAAAGCAUGUUUUGCAUCUGUGUAUAUAGAAGAAUCGGCAAUUGACAAUCAGUUGUUUUAUAGAUCUGGAAGUCCUCAAGUAUUGAUGUUACUCUGAUACUCAAAACUAAUGGAAAAUUACCAAACUAAUAAAUCUCUGAGGUGCUUGCAUCUAAAAUUGUAUUGCCAAA